CUCAACCGUUCAGUAGGUCAUAAGUCCUGGCGCCUUUGCACUCAGCGUUUCUGUGUCCUUUAUGAAGUACUAUGUCUGGGACCUCUGGUCUGGGUACAUUUCUCCGCUCUUAUGGGUGUUAACUUCCGGACUCCAGAAGCGGGAACAAUGAGUCAUUUUACCUGAAUCACCUUUCAAUGCUAACCUGUCAUCAUUAUUACUUACAGUUUUCCGGAUCUUAAUAUCAGUUGCUAAUAAUAAUGAUAAGAUCCAUGUCCACUUCACACAGUGAAGCGACCUCUGGGCAAACUGAAUUAGCACCUGUUAGUGCAGUUUGUUCUGAUGCACCAUCAAAUAACACAUCACUUGAUGUCCCUCUUCAUACACUUAACCCAAUCGACGGACAAGAUGGAUUAUGUUUAACCAGACAAGAAAUCAAUCGACUCAUUCUAGAAUAUCUUGUAGUAGAAGGCUACAAAGAUGUUGCUGAGAAAUUUAGUCGUGAGACAGGAAUCGUAGAACCUUUCAAUGAAUUACAAGUUGCAGGUGCAAGCUUGGAUGAUCGUAUGUGGAUCCGUGAAGCAGUCUUAUUAAGGAAAAUUGAAGAUGUUAUCGAUGCAGUAAAUCGAUUAUGGCCUGAGCUUUUCGACAAAAAUCCUUUUAUUUACUUCCAGCUCCGCCAACUGCAGAUGUUAGAACUUAUACGUAACAAACGUUUGGAAGAUGCACUUAUAUUCGCUCAGUCUUAUUUAGCAGAUCCAGUUGCUAAACGUUUAUCAGAACAUCCGCAGUUGUUGAAUGAAAUGCAAAAUACAAUGGCACUUUUAGCUUUUGACAAUCCAGCUGAAAGUAUCUAUGGCAAGUUAUUAAGUCCUCAACACGCUGAAGUGGUUGCAGGAGCGUUAAAUCGAGCUAUUCUACGACAUAUCGAAUCAUCAGGAGAUGAAAUUGACACACCGGAGGAAGGAAAAGGCUGUGUAUCUACAAAUUCCAUGAGUUAUUCUGGUGUUUCAUCCACUGUACCACGCUUAACAAAAAUGAUGGCAAUGCUGUUACAUUUCCGUGAUUUGGCACAACUUGAACUCCCACCGGAACUAGCAUCUUUAUAGAGACAAGCAACUGAAAGGGAUACAUUACUAUUAUUAUAUAUAUUUUUUCCCAGCACAUUAAUGGUUAUGACAUCAAACUUUUAUGUUUUACAGGCAGCAGAAACAGCAGCAAGGAUGGUUAACUGGCAUUUUGAUUAUGCAUAUUUAUUAAAUUUAUGCUACAAAAUUGACUGUGUAUUCUCAUGAUAACAGUUCAACCAGAUGUGUGGAAUUUUAAAGUAGAUGAAAUUUUACUUUGAGAGAUUUAUUGUUUUGUUUUUUUAGUUAUAUAACUUCUGUUCUUUGACGUUUUUUUUGUCUCCCAAUUGUCUAAACGCGCUUUAGUGAAAUACCUUUCAACGCGUUACUGUGAAAUACAAUUGAUAUUUA